AUGUCGUCAUCUUCUCCAGACCAAACGCUUAACUUGACCGCUAAAAAAAAGAUUGUGAGAGAUCUUGAAAGCCGCUUGAAGAGUCUCAACAUUGACAAAACAGCUCCUAUUUGCGCCAAAACACUUGAACCUGGAAGUUUGGGAGUACCUGUCCGAAUUCAGACCAAUAUUUUUGGGCUGGAAGUGACAAAUGAGCCCGUUUAUAUUCACCAGUAUCAUGUUUUUAUGAGAGCUGAUCUGAAUCCAAAGAGAACAGUUGAAUUCACGAAAAGAGGCAAAGACGAUUAUAUCGUUUCUGAUCGCCGAGGCAAAUGUAUUAGUAUCAUGAAAACUGCCUAUCGAAUGUUUGAAGAUAUAUUUGGUAGCAACCUUCAUGAAUUCUGGUACGAUGGUCAGUCAAUUCUAUAUUCUAAAAGAAAUUUGACUGGAGAGAAGAAAAAAAUUGAUCUCGAAGUUCCUGGAGAGCGUACAGAUAGUCAGGAGUUGGAAGGAUUGAACUGUAUUUUGACUAUCUCAAAAACUGAUAGAGGCUUUUCUUUCAGCGCUCAAAAUCUCGUUGAAAAUUACGAUCAUAAUGAUUUGAGUAAAGUGAAUAAGGAAUAUGCUCACUUCAUGGAGUUGAUUUUGAACCAGUAUGCCAUUAUGAAUCCAGAUGUUCAUAUGGUUUUCGAAAACGGAAAGACAUUCAUGAGGAAGCCAUGGCAUUUCAACAUGACUGAAAGAGAUUGCCCCACGGUUGGAGAUGGUAAACGGCUGCUGACUGGAAGUCAAAAAUCUACAAGACAAAUCGAGGGUCCAAUGGGACGAACUUAUAGUAAUGCCUGUAUAGUCAUAGACGCUAAAAAAGCCUCUUUCCACGAAAGUCAAAGACUUUUGGAUAAGGUCGAAAUAAUUAUGGGCAAAGAAAAAUUCAAUGAACACACAAUAGAGCGUCUUAAUCACAUCAUCAGAGGACUCUUUGUUUCUCUCACUCAUUCCAAACGCAAACGACGAGUUCAAAUCACCGCAGUUGCUAAGCUGUCGGCUAGAACCGCAUACAUCUGUGUUGACGAGAAGAACAUAACGGUGCAGGAGUACUUCAAGCAAAAAUACGAUAUUGAAUUACGACACCCAGACUUCCCAUUGAUCAGUACCAAGGAGAGGAAUAACGUGAACUAUUACCCCAUGGAGGUCUGCGAUGUUGUAGAAGGACAGAGAGUCACUGUUCCACAGCAAACACCUAACGAGUCUCAGCAAACUACAAGAAGUUGUGCUAUACCUCCUGCAACACGCCAGGGGAACAUCAUGACAAGUAGUAAGAGUUUGAAAAUCCUUCCGGAUCAGGACGGAACACCUGGAAACGAAUACAUCGCAAACUCCGGUUUGAAAGUUUAUCCUGGAGCUCUUAUGGUUGGGGCCCGAUCUUUACCAGGACCAACAAUCUCGUUCAAAAAUAGUAAUUGUUCUUAUGAAUAUGGACAAUGGCGACCAGACAAAAAUGCGAAAUAUUUCGUUCCUGGUGCCUGCAAAGUAUGGGCUUGUUAUGCUAUCAAUUCGGAAGGAGGUCGUUAUUCUAUGAGAACUGAGGAUAUAAAAGAAUUUGCUGUGAAAUUCCACAGAACUCUAAUGGCUGGCGGUGUUGCUCUCGAAUCUCCGAAAGAAAUGAAGGUUUUACGCGAUGAUCAAAUCAAGGAUGCCAUGAAGAGAGCGAGUGAUGCAAACUGUCAGUACAUUUUGUUUAUCACAGCCGAUAAUCUUCUCAAUCUUCAUAAAAAUAUCAAGUUAUGGGAGCGUGACUUCGAGAUCAUCACUCAAGAUGUAAAAAUGUCCAAUGCAUUCAAAAUAGUUAAAGAAGGGAAGUUCCAAACGUUACAAAACAUUGUACAAAAGACGAAUGUGAAACUCGGAGGAAUAAACUACAAUAUUUCCCUGACUAAUAUGGGCAACAAAUCGCAUGACUGGUUGUCACCUAAAAGGUUGAUUAUUGGAAUUGCCGUUAGUCAUGCUCCUCGGUCAUUUGAUAGCAAAGGAAAAGUACCCUCUGUUGUUGGAUUCUGUGGGAACUUCAAGCAAAGUCCAAUCGAUUUCAUUGGAGAUUAUGUUUAUCAAGAAAGUAAUCGUGAAGAGACUUCUCUUUCAAUCUCUCUGAUUGUGGAGAAUUGUAUGGAAAGAUAUAAACUUCAUCACGAGGGUUCUACUCCUGAAGAGUUUAUCGUUUAUAGAAAUGGUGUAGGCGAAGGUUCCUUUACUGACAUACUUCGUUAUGAAGUUCCCCUUCUACGUAAAACUGUGGAUAAGUUGGCUAGCGAACAGUGUAAGAUUGUUCUCAUUGUUGUUCUGAAGGAUCACAAUGUUCGAUUAAUGUUAGAAAGAAUUAAUCAGAAAGAUAAACCCCAACAGCAGAAUAUCAGGAGUGGUAUUGUUGUAGAUUCGGAGAUCACUUUCCCUCAUUACAAGGAGUUCUUCUUGAACUCUCAUAAUACUCUACAGGGGACAGCGAGAACGCCAAGAUAUACGGUACUCUAUGAUGAGCUUGAAAUGUCAAUGAACGAAUUGGAAGGAAUGACAUUUGCGCUUGCCCAUGGGCAUCAAAUUAUCAACAGCGCUGUGAGCUUACCAGCUCCAUUGUAUAUCGCCAACCGAUAUGCCGAGCGUGGUCGUGAUAUUUUGGCCGCUUAUCUAUUGAACAACGUCGAAGAAGGUUCUAGCGAUUCUUCCUCUUCUCAGGAUUAUCAUCGUUACUGCGAUCUUUUGGGUCUGAGGAACUCACGACUCGCCUCUUUUCGAAUUAAUGCGUAA